CAACUAACUGUCAAAUAAUGAUAACAUCUAAGAUUAUUCAUCUAUUCAUCUUGGUAUCUAUCACUGUUCAUAUUGUAGUCUGCGCUAAAGGAGGAAAUGAAACUAAAAAAGAUGCACCAAAGAAAAAGUACGUCUAUACAGAUUGGAGUGAUUGGGAAACAGCCUAUGAAUAUGAAGCAGAACAAGAAGCACGUAAAAAAGCCGUUAAAGCCGGUAAAGGUGGAAAGGGUGUAACUGAUGAUUCAGAAUGGGAGAUUGUAACAGAAAUUGUGACGGAGAUUAUUAAACCAAAACGUAAAGAGAAGACCGUUGAAGAAACUACGAAGGAAGAAAUUAAAACAGGUCCAAAGAAGAAGACGGAAAUAGAAACCAUAGAAGAAACAACCACAAAAAGAGAUGGAAAGAUUCCAAGGAAAGUGACAGAAACAGAAACUAUUGAAGAAAUAACAAAGAAGGACGGUGGAGUUGUACCUAAGAAACGAACAGAAAUUGAAACGAUUGAAGAAACUACUAGGAAGGGAGGAUUACCUAUUCCAAAGAAAAGGACAGAAAUAGAAACAAUUGAAGAGACUACAAGAAGAGAGGGUGGACCUGUUCCUAAGAAUAGAACGGAAAUUGAAACAAUUGAAGAGAUAACGAGGAGAAAGGCUGGAAAGGAUCCGAAGAAGCGAACAGAAAUAGAAACUAUUGAAGAAACAACGAGAAAAGAGGGUGGUACUGUUCCAAAGAAAAGAACAGAGAUUGAAACCAUAGAAGAAAUAACUAAAAAAGGUGCAGGAUUUAUUCCAAAGAAGAGGACAGAAACAGAAACAAUUGAAGAAAUAACCAGAAGAAAAGCUGGACGAAUUCCGAAAAAGAGGACAGAAAUAGAGAUCAUAGAAGAAAGGAGACGGCGAUUAGGCAAACGGGUUGUGAAGAGGAAAUCAAUACUUGAUACAAUUUCCGAUACUGUCACUGGUAUUAUUCGUCCAGUAAUCAGAGGUAUUGAUGUCGGAAUAUUCGGCAGACGUGUUGACAAACGACGUAUUAAUGUGCACAGUGGACGCAGAAUAAACGUUAGACGACGAUGUCAAAUUCGUGGUGGCAUUGGUAUAGGCGUCAGACGAUGCUGUAGAGCCUGUGUAAGAGGUAGAGUUGCAGUUCGUGGAGUUGGUGUACGUGUUGGUGGAUGCUGUAGAAGAUGCCGGUGCUGUCAAGUGCGUUCGUGUUGUCGAGCAAGGACAUGCUGUCGUCGGUGUUAAUCAGCUUCAUAUUCAAAAUACUUUUUUUUUAAAAAUUCACUUAUUCAAUUCUCUAUUCAAACAUUGAAUACUCUUGAC